CGGUGGAGUUAAAAAAAAAAAUGAAAUGAAUAAAAGAAAUCUCAAUAAUUGAAUGACAGACCACCCUCUUUCUCUCUCUCUUUCUGGUAAAGUGUACCCAGCUCACAUCCACAUAGAAGAAGAGAGAGAAAAAGAGAGAUAUUAUAGUAGAAAACACUCUCUCUUCUCUCUUAAUUCGUGAAUUUUGUCACACCAAAUUUCUUCUUGUCAAAUUUUUGGAAAAUCCCCACAUCAUGAUAACUCCGUGAUUUAAACUCCUCACUCACUUCUUCUUCCAAUUUCUCUCUUUCCAAUGCCUGAGACACGAAAUUCUUCAGAAUCUCUAUGUCUCAGGAUAGGAGCACUGGCCCUUGAUACAGAGGAUACUGGAACUGAUAUAUACAAUAAACUGGGUCUAAGAGAGCCAGACAAAAUGGGAUUUAAAACACCAAGGUUCUUGUCACUUAUAUCCUCUCUUCUUGAGAAUUCUGUCCAGAAGAAUGAAUUGUUGUUGGACACAGCUGAAAUUGAAGAUGUGUUCACUGCAUUUCAUGGUAGAAGUACCCCACCUGUUAGCAUAAAACAAUAUAUUGACCGAAUGUACAAGUAUGCUGGGUGUAGCCCAUCCUGUUUCGUUGUGGCAUACAUUUAUGUGGAUAGAUACCUCCAACAGACGAAGACAUACUUAACUUCCCUCAAUGUUCACCGGCUGUUAGUUACUAGUGUUAUGGUGGCAGCAAAAUUUAUUGAUGAUUCAUUCUUUAACAAUGCAUACUAUGCCAAAGUUGGAGGAAUCAACACUUCAGAAAUGAACAGAUUGGAGAUGAAAUUACUGUUUGGCGUCGAUUUUAGACUACAAGUUAACGUAGAGACAUUUAGGAGAUAUUGUUUGCUAUUGGACAAAGAAGUUGGAGAAUGUGAACUCGACUGGCCGAUGAAGGCAUGUUGGGUUAAAGAGAGUUGGUCUAGUAAAGACACUGAAUUUCCACGCAAGACUCCUGUUGCCAGAUGACCCAACUUGGUCAAUCCAAUUGUAUUAUCAAUGAAGUGUAUUAGUAGGAGUAGAUGUGUCCCAAACCAUGUACAGUCGUCCAGCAUUGGCAGCAAAGCAUAGUUUGAGGCAUCGCCAAUUAUAUGGAACGUCCAUCUGUGAGCUCUUCAAUCCUAUCUGAUUGUAAUCACAUGUCAAAAAUAUCGCUUCUUGUUUUAUUUUCUUAUUCCUCAUAUCAUAAAUUUUUUGCUACUCAUGAUUUCCUUCAUUUGUAAAACUGUCAUGAGAUAUAAAUAUAUAUAUAUAGGAAGGCGUCCACGAAUUGUAUUUUCUUUUCAUUAUAUAACAGAGCAUAGUUUUGAUUUGUGUUUGUAA